AUGAAGGCCAUCCUCCUCCUUCUCGCGGCCACUGGCAUCGCCCUCGCCCAGAACCUCUCAGGUCAACCGGACUGCGCCACCGCCUGUAUCAUCAGCGCUAUCAGCGCGGCAGGCUGCGGCGCCAGCGAUCUCGGUUGCCAGUGCGGUCCGACCCAAUCUUUUAUUGCCGCCAGUGCCGCCCCGUGCCUGCUGUCCAGCUGCACGGGCACGCAGCUGAUUCAAGCCCAGAGCGCGGGCGCUGCCCAAUGCUCCAGCUACUCGGCCACGGCGGCUUCCAACUCAGCCACCACCACGCCGGCGACUAGAAACGGAAUGGCGUCGUCUACCUCUGGGGCCGCUGCCACUCCGGCUGAGGGUUCCGAAACCUCAGCGUCGGCGUCAGCGCCUGCCUCAACUUCUGGAUCGGCUGGGCUGAAUGACUCGUCGUCCACCAGUACGGGUGCUGCCGCUGCAAUGGCUACGCCGGCUAUUAUGGGCGCCGGGGCGCUGCUCGGUGCCAUAGGGGCGGCGGUUGCGUUGGGAUUACGGAUCAGUGUUCAUCAUGACAGUGUUCCAGCGCACUUGAGUUCGCUACCCGUGUCCUGA